AAGGAGUCAAUUGUGGAUUUCAAUAUGGCCCUCCCUGGUCGAAGCGGGAGGUCGGGCUGCGGGCUAGGGACCCCCUGGCAUCGGGCCCGGGCGGGCAGUGCUCGCGUUCCCCGAAAAUGGGGAGCCCUUAGUGACGAGGCAGGGGGGCCCAACCGCUUUAGCUCGCCUCGCUCUCGCUCAACCAUCGGGCUUUCCCUCGCGGCUAGAAACCUAUACGCUCUCUCUCUCUGCGCCCUGCUGCUGCUCGCCUCCCCCUCCUCCUCUCGUCUCGUGCCUGCCUUUCGUUCUUUUGCUCGUUGAUCGACCCCAAGCGCAACAGCAUAGCGCUUUAUCUUGGCAAGGGGAAGGUUCUGGUUAGGAUAAUUUGGUGCUUUGCGCGAAGGGACGUGCCACUCACGCUAUCUCGAUCCUGGGCGGGCGCAAGGGGAAGGUACUACCAAACCACGACGAGAAGCAACCCGAAAGACCAGAGCGCUAGGAGGAUAGGAAGAGGGUACGCGCAUCGCAUGGUGUCCCUAACCCUAACUGACAGCAGACCGUCCACCGGAUGGUCUGCUGUCAGUCAAAAUCAAAAUCAUCAAAAGUAUACUCUUCUCAUCGUCAUGCAAUUUGUGAACUCAGUUCUUUGCCCUUACUCCGCCCGCCACUCUACUGCACUUCAUCUUGCCGUGAUUUUUUGGCUGAUUGUUUUCGUUAUAAUAAUAACAACAUCUGAAUGUCAACUUUAAGGACGCUACUGCAUAUGGACCAUCUUAAGUCUUGUCAAGGAUUGAAGACAUGUAUUUAUCCGGAAAUUUCUUCCUUCCUUCAAGUUGGAGCCUUUCCCAUGCUCUUGUCCUUCUCACCAAGUCGCAGACACUCGGUAGUCCCUGCCUCAACCAUCAAUCGUGUUAGAAUAUGGCGGUCGGUACAGAAUAUAUUACUGGAAAGGAGGCUUUCAGCAAGCCGACUCAAUGAACAGAUCAUAGAGUUCAAGAAUUUUAAUCAAUCAGCCUCCAGUCUAAGCUAGUGCUCUGCACCGGACAAGAGUUCUCUGUCUGGCCCCGUGUGCAGUACAUACAGUCCAUUGCAUAAUUCUGGUAUCACAGAAACGCGCAGUUAUUCGCAUGAUCUCCAGUCCUAUUUCGCUCAAAUGCUUGUAUAACGAAUCACUUGCAUUGACUCACUUUUCAUUUUUAUACUCAAUAAAUUUAUACUAUUUAUCUCCAGGCCUUCCGGCUGAACCUGAUGAUAAAUCCUC